UGCAAAAUCCAUCCGAAACAGAAAAGGGGAGAACAUACAUACAUACGAAAUAACAAGUCAAGAACCCUAACUAUCCAAUUCCAGCUUCUUUCCUCGAUCGAUCUUCCACCAGGAUUCGAACAACAUUUGAAGAUGAACCAAUCAGUGGAUCAUAAUUUAACCGAUAAUCAGAAUGGAAGCAAAGGUGUCGAAGUUUUUGUUGGUGGUUUGGCCCGAUCUGUUACUGAAGACAAGGUUCAUAAGGUUUUCUCAACUUGUGGAGAAAUCAUGGACAUACGCUUGAUUAAGGAUCAAACUGGAAGCCUAAAGGGGUUUGGCUUUGUACGGUUUACAACAAAAGAUGCAGCUGACAAAGCUAUGAAGGAGUUAAAUGAAUCUAUGCUAGAAGGAAAAAAGAUAGGUGUUCUCCCAUCUGCUUCACAGGUUACACUGUUUAUCGGGAAUCUCAACAAGGGUUGGAGUAAUGAUGAUUUUAAUAAGGCUGUCCGUCAGGUUUUUCCGGAUGUUGUUUCGAUUGAUCUUUCACAGCCCUCAACUGGCGGUGAGGCUGGUGGUAGCAAAAAGUUAAAGAACCGUGGUUUUGGUUUUGUGAAGUUUUCAUCUCAUGCUGCCGCAUCACGUGCGUUUAGGGUUGGUUCAAAGCCAGGUUUUGUUCUCGGUGAUACAUUGCAUCCUACGGUUAAGUGGGCCGAGGAAGAUGCUGCAGCCGAUCCAGAUGAACUUGCUAAGAUAAAAAUAGCAUUUGUCAGAAACUUACCCUCCAGUGCUGAUGAAAACUACUUGAAGUUACUCUUCGAGCCCUUCGGAAAGGUAGAAAAAGUGGUGAUACACAACAACGGCACUUCUAUAGUUGGAUUUGUUCAUUUUGCUGAAAGAUCACACCUUGAUAGUGCCAUCGGGAAGCUAAAUGAAAAAUUUGUUUCAGGACCAAAGGGCAGUCCAUCAUUUAAGCUACAGGUUGAAGUGGCAAGGCCUAUGGACAAGAAACGGAAAAGGGUUUAUGAAGAUUCUCAAAUCUCUAAGUCGCGUGAGAUUUUAAGUAAUUACAAACCUCAAGUUCACGAGUCGGUAUUGACUUCCUUUAACGGCCACCACAAAGACGCACAUCAUAAGGAACCUAUAGUUGCGGAUCCCCAUGAAGCUGCUGUUCUACAGCUACCAGUGGCUGUCAGAGAUCGGUUACUGCGAGUUUUACGGCUUGGUAUCGCUACCCGAUAUGAUAUUGAAGUUGAAUCCCUAACUAGUCUUGCAGAAAUACCAGAAUCUGCAGCGAUAUUAGUCCUUGAUCAGUUCAUGAUAUCAGGAGCAGAUAAGCUUGACAAGAGAGCGUAUCUUACGUCGCUAAUUUCAAAGCACCAGGGCGACAGACUUGGACUAAACCAACUACCUUUCCUAGGGAGCCAUCUUUCUGCCAAUGAUUCUCUUGCCUUGCAUGUUGACCCGAGUGUGCCUAGGUCGGACAGUUACGUAUCUCGUUAUUCUUCAUUAUAUCCAGAUUAUCGUUUACCAAGUCACGCGGGUGUUUCAAAACCAGAAGAAACAAACUCAUUUCACUUGCAUGAAUUUCCCGGUUCUUCUUCUGUUGAUUACAGUCGAUAUUUGACGAAUUCAAAUAUUCCAACCGCUUACGGAAACAUGGAGGAAAUGAGUCCGAACCCGUCACACCAAAUCCCAACUUCAUCUUCAAUACCUUAUCCAAAACCGGCACAAGACGUGUAUCAAGCACCACCUUACGCACCGUCUGGUGAUGGUCCAGCUGGUCCAGCUACUCGUCCCCAAAUGAGAUUUGACCCGUUUACUGGUCAACCUUACAAGUUUGACCCGUUCACUGGUGAACCGAUUGUUCCAGAAAGCGCGCCUAGCCCUUAUGAGCGAUACCGACUAUGAGCAAAUUUCUUCUAGAGUAAACUUCCAUUUUGCUCCCUGUGGUUUGGUCACUUUAACGGUUUUGCCCCAAACCUUUAAAAAUAGCCAUUUUACUCCCUGAUGUUUUGGUUUUGUUGCCAGUUUGCUCCCUGCGGGGAGCAAAAUGGAAAAACAAACAAUUUGGAUGGAGUUAGAGGCGGGGAGCAAACUGGCAAAAAAACGGAAACAUUAGGGAGUAAAAUGGCUAUUUUUAAAGGUUUGGAGCAAAACCGUUAAAGUGACCAAACCACAGGGAGCAAAACGGAAGUUUACUCUUUGUUCUAAUGUUUUGUGACCGAAACAAUCGUCGGUUUAAGUUAAUGCAGUUUAUGUUUAUUGUUAGAGAUGGUUGUUAGUCACAUAAUUGAACAGUGUACAUUAGUGAAUUCUUUUAAUUGUUUACAGCUUAACUUUUAUAAUCGGUUGUACAACUGUACAAGCAUAUAUGCAGCAAGUACAAGUAUGUUUUGA